ACCAGCGCCGGCCCGCAGGGCCGCGGAACGCCACGCCGGUGGCUGCCUGGCGAGUCCCGCUCCUACACGGCCUCUUAAAGCCCGUUAGGCACCGACGAGCCGGGGAUGGGUUGUGUCCCCCGUUUCCCCUGUAUAUCCCGCUCGGACCUCGCCGUUUCGAACGAAACGCACAAAAAGGGUUUUUCUUCCGAAAUCCCCAGGACUCAGAAAAAGCCAAGACAUUUGUACAUGGCUUCCUGAAGCGUAGCAUGCCCAAAAUGAAAGAUGAAGAUAUCCAGGAUAUGUUAACCAGGAAAGCUAUUGUUCUGGAGCAUUAUCCCAAGAAAAAGACCAAGCAAAAGAGAAAGAAGACAAAAGGUUUUACUGCCAAGCAGAGGCGAGAGCUGCGUCUGUUUGAAAUCGAACCUGAACAGCAAAGAUAUGCCAUCUUUCUCCCACUCCACGAGCUCUGGAAACAGUACAUCAGAGACCUGUGCCAUGGACUCAAACCCGACGCGCAACCCCAUAUGAUUCAGACCAAACUGCUCAAAGCUGAUCUCCAUGGAGCCAUUGUUACAGUUACAAAAUCAAAGUGCCCCUCAUAUGUUGGGAUAACAGGAAUCAUUCUACAGGAAUUUAAACACGUCUUCAAAAUUAUCACUAAAGAGGACAAAUUAAAAGUUGUUCCCAAACUUAACAACGUGUUUAGCUUGGAGCUUGAUGGAUUCAUUUCCUACAUCUAUGGAAGCAAGUUCCUGCUCAGAGCAAGUGAGCGAUCUGCAAAAAAAUUCAAGUUGAAAGGAACUAUUGACCUGUGAUUUCAUGGAAAGUAGGAAGCAUUCACAGAAAUGUCUGCUGUUUUCCUGCAGUUUAAAGAGCAGGUUUUCUGGAGAUAGAAAAAGGAACAGCCAUGUGAAAUACUUACAGAGUGUUCUUACUGAAGAAGGAGCACUGUCUGCUGUCUGUAAGCAAUCUCACCAACUGCUGAAAUUGGUUGUGUUUGGUUUUUUAUUUGUAUAUAAUAUUCUGUCUUUAAUAAAAGUUAUAUGAUUAAUAUUAACUACCUAACUUCUCUUUCAGUUUAUAAAUUGUAAAUUUGUACAGUGAAAAUUAUAUUUUGUAACUCUGAACUCUGUAAUAAAUGUUAUUAUUGCCUUCUG